CAUGGCUAACAAAUAUCAGGUAGAUGGACUAGAAUGCCAAUUAUGGAUUGAAAAGUUCAAAAAAGAAUUAGAUAAUGAAAACUAUUUGGAAUGUACCAAAAUUGUUCAAGUUAUGAAUCGAGAAAGUCUGCGAUCAGUGUGUAAAGACGUAGAAUUGCUGUUGAAGAAAUUUUCAAAUACUCAUUGUAUCGUUGAAGCAAUAUUUCUUCGUUUCGAUGAAGUUCAGGAAAUAUUAAAUGUGGAUAUGGUAGUUAUUGGUAUAAUUCAAUGGCAUAUGCAAGCUUGUAUAAAUACGAGAAAUCUUAAGAAAACAAAUCAAAUGGAGGAGCUUGUCAAAUCUUGUGAACAACUUUUGAAAACGAUGCCUUAUCAAUUACGACAUAGAAUUUACCAUUACUGUCGAGAUAAGUUGAGAGAGAUAACAUUUGUACUGGAUGAAUUGGCGAAAAUCGUCAAAUUAAACAAUACAUUUUGUAAGAAUAACUUUCGAGAUGAUUUGUGCGAAAUAGCAAAAGUUUGCAAGGCCCAUGUAGCAAAAAUCGACAAGACGAAAGAAUCUCUAAGAAAUCAUAAAAAUUCUCAAAAUGGUUUCUCGUACGAUGAAUUAGAGCAGAGGCUCUUUGAUGAAUCAAUUCUCUUACAUUCACUUGGAGAGUUAGACGAAUUUCAAAAAAUCCAUUUGUACUUUGAAAAUUCUAAAAAGACAGUUUCACUCUUAAAAAAAGUACUAUUAUCUUUCAAUAAUCUUAAAAAAGACUUUCUCUUUAGCAAGUACGUUUUAGAUGGAUUGGAAAUGCAAGUAAUUUUGAACCAUCUGUCAAAUAGCUUAACGUCUGUAAUGGAAUGGAUCGGUAUAAAAUACGAUGCAUUUCAAGAACAAAGACAAGCCGUUGACGAAAUAGCCCAAACUUCUCCCCGCGAAGAGAAUGAUGGACGGAAGAGAGUAGUUUCCGAAUUUGGAAAUCCCAGACCUACAACUGUUUCAGUAAGCGAGAGAGAGGAGUUGGAAAGAUUACGUUACGAAAUUCAAAAUCUUAGAAAAGAAGUCUCAGAACAAAAACGGGUUAUCACGGAAUUAACGAAAAGAGAAAAUGACUUGAAAAUUCGAUUGCGAGAUCAAGCCAGCCGGAACGUAAAAUUUGGUGGAAAUUCUAAAUUUGAAGAUAUUUCUCUUAUGGAAUAUAGACCUUCACGCUUAGUUGAACGUUAUGAAAAUCUAUUUUCAACUGUAAGAUUUGAGACAAUGGAAAGUCUAAAAAAGAUAAGGGAAUUAGAAAACUUAUCAGAGUUAAGAAACAAAAUAUUAUUAUCAGUAUUAGUGCUAGCCCAGAGGAGCGCAGAAGAUUCUUUACAAGACUUGCAGAACAAAUGGAGAAGUUUAUUAUACAUGAAAGAUAAACAAGGCCAAAGUAUUGAAGCUGCUUCGUUAGACGACGCUAUAUCUCAUUACCUCAGACGAACUAUCCCUCAGUACGAUAAUUCUCAAAAUAUCCAACAAGUACACAAUCAAAUAUGCCAGGCUCUACAUGAAUUUCCUGGUUUGCACUCAUCACAGGCGUUGGUUGGUUAUGUUGCGGAAUGCGUUCAGCUUUGUUGGGCGUUCGUUCUACAAAAACCAAGAUUUAUCCUCAAACAUGAAGUGGAUACCUUAAAUCCACGACUAUUGAGGCGUUACCACAGCUCAGAUGAAAAUAGCAAUUCCAUCAAAAGUUUAAUCUGGCCAUCUUUGACAGAAGGGGUGGAUGGACCGUGCUUAUUCAAAGGAUACGUUAUAACUUAG